AAGUCAUCUCUCUUGUUCCACGACGAUGACACUGGGAGGCAGCUCGGCCGUGCAUAUCCAGACAUCGACAAUCGCAGCGCCAUCCGUGCCCCGCACACCGAGCAGCAUCACGAUCCACCCUGGCGCCUUGUUCUCCAUCCUCGACCACUACCUCCGACGCGCAGAUGACCAGCCUCGAGUGAUCGGAACACUUCUGGGAACUCGUUCCGCAGAUAACACCCAAGUCCACGUCCGAUCUUCCUUCGCCGUGCUACACAGCGAAAAUGAUGAGCAAGUCGCAGUGGAUAUGGAGUAUCACCGGUCGAUGUACGAGCUGCACACCCGGGUGACGCCGAAAGAGACUAUCGUUGGAUGGUACUCAACAGGCUCGAAUCUCAAUACAUACUCGGCGCUUAUUCAAAAUUUCUACUCGCAAGAGACUGCACCGCAUCAGGCGAUACACGUUGCCCUGAAUACAGGCAUUGAAGAGGGGAUCGAAGCGGGCGUACAGGCGUUUGUCAGCUCCCCUGUUGGUGUAUUCCCCAAGCCCGAGAAUUGCAUUUUUGUGCCAGUCCCUGUACACCUUCAAUUUCACGAGACUGAACGGAGCGGCUUGGAUCUUCUCAUUCAAGCCGUCGACAGUCCCGAAAACUCCUCUGCUCCCGUAUCUUCGCUGGCAAACAUCGAUGCGACAUUGACAAGUGUGUCUGAAAUGCUCGAUCGCGUCCUGGGAUACGUGCGCAGCGUGAUCGCCGGCGAAAUUCCUGGCGACAAGGCGCUCGGACGUUAUCUGAUGGAUGCUCUAUGCGUCAGCGCUGUAGGUGAAGACAAGGCAUUCAACGCUGCUCUUCAGGAUACCUUGAUGAUCUCGUACUUGGCCAACUUGGUCAGGGCCCAGGCGGAAGUCUCGUCAAGACUAGCCCUCGUUGCUUGAUGGCACUGGCUCAUAUCGUCUCUCAGCAUUGCGGCAUAUUUACUUGUUGUACUUACAUGAGGUGGCCUGCGGGUCGCCAGCUGCUGAAAAUGCGGGAAUGGUGUAGAUCAUGCCUCGCGGCCAGAAUUUCCCCCAGCAGCAAGCUGUUAGCCUGCCCACUCCGUGCUGUAUCCCACAGGUGCUGUCCUCUUCCUCGAGACAAAAUGCCAGUACGCAAAUGAGAGCAUCCCGAAUGAACAACGCGAUUGUGUCCAUCCUCAGGCGAGCUAAAGUACGGCUUGCCGACGACGGUGUCCCGAAGCCAUGUGUGAGGAAGAACUCGAGACCGGACGAAGCUACGAAGGAUCUAGCUGAAAGGUAACUAUUCGAAAGCAGAGGAAGCAGAUAGGGAGACCACAGGGAGACCGCGAGGAAUAGCUGCCUCCGUCCGCCUCAACGUCAGAGGUCAGGCAUUGUGCCACCUCCUAUGUGAGCGCUGUGAUCGGUUCAAUUGCACAACAUGUCCCCCUCUACUCGGAAGUCAAAACGACGCCCUCGCGCGAAGCCGUCUUUUCCUCUCGUCGUAGGCUACACAAUCACAGCUGCGGAAUUCAGAGAUGCAAUCCAGCUCUUGCCCGAAUAUCAGAUAUUUAUGGAGUCACCGGGAGGCCGCAGCUACGAUGGGGCAUUGUUUUUUUCCAUGUCCUUCAACUACCUAUACGGCAUUCCAAGCCCAAUUUUCAUUAACGACGAAGAUGACAGUGACAUGCCUGCACUUGCAACUAGGCCCAUGCUCUUUCCGACUCGCAGCGUUCCCCAAAGUUGGCCUGAAGCUCAGCGCGCAGAGUCUUCUUGGGAUCGAGCCGUACUGAAGGAUAUGGUGGACAAAUUUGAGAGUAUAGGCGGGAAGGUCAACUUGGCCCAGUUCAAGUGGAAAGUGGCACGGCCCGAGUCAGACGACUAUCCUCUUGGGUACAACUUUCAGGUCGCGUUCGAUGACGAUCAAAUCCCUCGCGCACGCCGAGUGGAGUAUCCCAACGCCUAGUUAAUCUCUGUAUUCACACCAUGCUAUGACAACGCUUUCAGUCUGCUAGGCAGGAACAGUUUCUGAAAUGAGGUCACAUGGGUUGUGUUCACCGAGUGAGCGCUCCCAGCCCCAGGGACGCCUGCACCCAACAGAUGUAAACCACGCUGUGGACUGUUGCUCUUUCAAAGUUCUAGGCAUGACCGCAAGUCCUAGUUGUGUUGUUGUUGUUCCGUUACGAGACCGGCCUUUCGCUCCCUGACUUCCAUUUUAUCCUGACCACAGGCCCGUACCAGACUUCUGCAUCUGCACACCUCUUGCUAUCUCGCGCCUCUAUUUCCUGGGACACGCGCCAUAUCAAAAUCGACACAAGUUCGAAUCCCAGUCGUACCGUCAGCGAAUGUUUUCUGCACUCCUAAUUUCAGCAUUUACUGAGACAUGUGAGUGAAG